AUGUCUUGUUCAUCUCGGAUCUCUUCCUCCCGGGCUGGGGGCAGCAGCUCCGUCAGGGUGUCUGCUGGCGGCGGCAGCUUCAGCAGCAGGAGCAGAUGUGGGCUGGGGAGCGGCUCCGGCCCAAGCUUCGGAGGAGGAGCCAGAAGCUGUGGCCUGAGUGGGGGACUGAGUGGAGGCUUGGGAGGUGGCUUUGGAGGGGGGUUUGGUAGCUGCUCUGCAAGGGGUAGUUUUGGAGGAGCUUUAGGCUCUGGAUUUGGCCUUGGUGGCGGUUCUGGCUUCGGUGGCGGUUCUGGCUUUGGUGGUGGUUCUGGCUUCGGUGGCGGUUCUGGAUUUGGUGGUGGUGCGAGUGGAGGCUUCUACAGCUUUGGUGGUGGUGUGGGCGGUGGUGUUAGCGAUGGAGGGCUUUUCUCUGGAAGUGAAAAGCAAACCAUGCAGAACCUCAAUGACCGCCUGGCCAGUUACCUAGACAAAGUCAGAGCCCUGGAAGACGCCAACACUGAUCUGGAGAACAAAAUCAAGGAGUGGUAUGAAAAAUAUGGGUGUGGCUCCGGCGAUGGUGGAUCAGGAAGAGAUUAUAGCAAAUACUACCCAAUAAUUGAAGAUCUCAGAAAUCAGAUCAUUACUGCCACUAUCGAAAACGCUGGGAUCGUGUUGCAGAUUGACAAUGCCAGACUGGCUGCUGAUGACUUCAGGCUGAAGUACGAGAGCGAGCUGCGUCUCCGGCAGACCGUGGAGGCCGACAUCAACGGCCUCCGGAAAGUCCUGGACGAGCUGACCAUGACUCGCUCCGACCUGCAGAUGCAGAUCGAGAGCCUCACCGAGGAGCUGGCCUUCCUGAAGAAGAACCACGAGGAGGAAAUGAGGAACAUGCAAGGAAGCUCUGGAGGGGACGUGACAGUAGAAAUGAAUGCCGCCCCAGGAACCGACCUGACCAAGUUACUGAAUGACAUGCGGGCGCAGUACGAGGAGCUGGCCGAGCAAAACCGCCGAGAGGCCGAGGAGCAGUUCAACAAGCAGAGUGCAUCGCUGCAAGCACAAAUCUCCACUGAUGCUGGGGCAGCCAGCUCCGCCAAGAGUGAAUUAACAGAACUGAAACGGACUCUGCAGGCCCUGGAAAUUGAGCUUCAGUCCCAACUGGCCAUGAAAAACUCCCUGGAAGGGACCCUGGCCGACACAGAGGCUAACUACAUGGCUCAGCUGUCAGAAAUUCAGAUGCAGAUCAGCGGCCUGGAAGAGCAGAUCUGUCAGAUCCGGAGCGAGACCGAGUGCCAGAAUGCAGAAUAUGAGCAACUGCUGGACAUCAAGACCCGCCUGGAGAUGGAGAUUGAGACCUACCGCCGCCUGCUUGACGGAGAGGGAGGCGGUUCUGGUUUUGGAGGAUCUGAUUUUAGAAACUCAGGAUCCAGGAGCAUGGGGUCCGGAAACAUGGAACCCAGGGAUUCCACAUCUGGUGGCUCAAGAUCCGGAAGCUGUUCUAGCCAAGGAAAAGAUCCAAGCAAGACUAGAGUGACGAAGACCAUCGUAGAAGAGGUGGUGGAUGGCAAAGUCGUCUCAUCGAAAGUCAGCAAUGUUUCUGAGGUGAAGGUCCAUUGA